CCCCGCCGGUGUUAGCUCCCAUCUCGGGUGUGGCUAUUGACGUCUCUACAAUGCUCUGAUGCUAGUACUGCCUUAAGCUUACCACUCUGCUACGUACUCUGAACCUGACAUACUCCAUCAAGUCACCUACCAUGACGAUUGACCUUGACACCGAUGGCUCAGACUUUCCUAAGUUCGACAAACAGAAGUACAACAGGCACCUGCGAGGAUGGUUCUCUUAUGCCUUUGCUAGCGAGGUAUUCGUGAUCGUGUCGUUGACCCUGUUUCUUCCGAUAUGCCUCGAGCAAUUCGCCAGAGACAACGGAUACCUGCUCCCAGACAAGAUCUAUCCAUGCACCCCUGUCACCACCCAGCCAGUCUCAAACCAGGCGGACGUGGACGCACGCUGCGUAGUCAAAGUGGGCUGGCUUUGGAUAGACAGUGCAAGCUUCAGCCUGUACGUGUACUCCCUGUCUGUCGCGCUCCAGGCGCUGACAGUGAUAUCCAUGGGAGGCAUCGCAGACCACCCACCACAUCGUAAGAAGCUCCUCCUCACCUUCGCCGCCCUCGGAUCUUUCUCCGCCAUCCUCUUCUUGUUACUUCCAUCCUCCUCGCCGGUAUGGCCCCUUGUUGCCCCGUUAGCCAUUUUCGCGAACGUCGGCUUCGGCGCAUCCAUUGUUGCACUCAACGCCUACAUCCCGACCCUCGCGCAAGGUGCACAGGAAGUUGUCGCUGCGCGCGCCGACCUGCUCCGGCUUACCCACACGGACCCCACACGGCCCUCGUACGAAUCCGCGGAAGAUGAGUCCACGGGAGAUACUCACGAGCCUUUGCUGAGUGGAGGAGAGGACGGUGACAAAGCUUCGGCUGAGGCGAAGGCGAAGCACGACAAGUUGCUGUCCGCAACGACAUCGCGGAUAUCGUCGCAGGGAAUUGCGCUUGGAUAUGCUGCGGGAAUAGUGAUGCUACUCCUUGCGCUCAUCCCUGUGCGCGUGCUGAAGGGCUCGACGGACUCGCUUCGACUCGCAGUGGGCCUGAGCGGCCUAUGGUGGGCGCUGUUCUCCCUGCCUGCGGCAGUCUGGCUCCCAGGGGCGUCCUCUACACCAGCUCCGGGGGCAAUCGCCCUUGCGGAGAGCGAGGCGGACGUCACCACAGCUCACGUCAGGGAAGAGGACGACUGGUCCAUGUCGCGCGAAAUCGUCCGUGCAUGGAAACGCCUGGGCCAAAUGCUCCGCUGGCGCGAGAUAGCGCGCCUCCGCAACACCUUCAUCUACCUCGCCGCGUGGUUCCUGCUCUCUGACGGCUUCACUACCAUCACGUCCACUGCGCUCCUCUUUGCCAAGACGACGCUGCACAUGCCCGCGUCGUCGCUCAUCCUCAUCGGGGCGCUCACGCCCUCGGCGGGCAUCGCCGGCUCACUCGCGUGGCCGUGGGUUCAGCGGCGGAUGGGCUGGUCGAACUUGAAGGUGCUUGUGGUGCUCGUGGGGAUGGCGAGUGCGAUCCCAGCGUAUGGGUGUCUGGGGUUCUUGGACGUGUUCCGGAAGUCGAGUGUGAAGUUUGGGGGGUUGACGACCCCGGGAGAGAUGUACGUUCUCGCGGUAUACUUUGGCUCGGUGUACGGGGCGUUUCAGGGCUACGCACGUGCUUUCUACGCGGAAUUCAUACCGCCUGGCGAAGAAGCGAGGUGGUACGGGCUGUUCUCUAUCACUGACAAGUCGAGCUCCUUCGUCGGCCCGCUCGUCGUGGGGCUUAUCGCGGACGCCACGGGCAACAUCCGCUAUUCGUUCUUCUUCUUGGUGUUCAUGAUCUGGGCAGCUAUCCCCAUCCUCAUGGCUGUCGACGUCGAGCGUGGACGCGAGGACGCUCAGCGGUACACCGCUUAUGCAACGUAACUACGUGUAAUCCUUCCUCGCGCUGCAUCACGGACUAGUUUCUUGGAUCAAGAUGGUUGUACAUUCCUUCUUCGUGGGCUGCAUAUCCUACAUGAACUCCUCGAUGACCCCCUGGAGGUGCCUAAUCAUCUUCUUGCUCCUCCUGCUACCUCGGAAACAACAGUAAAUGUCAGGUGCGUCCUCCAAAUGCAACGUCCUGCGCACUCACGCUGCCUUCCUGGCCUCCAAGAGAUCUUGCGCCCAGAACCUGAUCGGCCGCUCUGUGCAGCUCGAGUUCAACAUGCGAUUGCGGAACACGUGCAUGCAGUACCACGCCGAGCCGUCGAGCUUCUCAUGGCAGAUAACGUCUCCAUUGCCGUCGUAGAACCGAGCGGUGACCCACUCUGGAUCGUCGCCAUGAGUAUGGUACCCUCCGCUGUAAUUGUCCGGUUAGCUAGGCCGACAAGAUCUA